CUGUCCGUUUCACUGUAAUUGCGGGUUUCCCUCAUCUUGUCCUGCAACUAACUAGGGUUUCCGCCUGAACUCUCACAUCCAAUAGUAAAUCAUCAAGAACUCUCCCUCGCUUCACGAACACUUCUUUUUCAUUCGAAUCAUUAAAGAUUAGAUCUUGACACGCUCUCCCACGCCCGGAAAAAAGCGAAGGAUAUAUAUAUAUAUAUAUAUAUAUAUGAUGGCGUCUUCUUCAAGCUACAACUCUCCAUGUGCAGCCUGCAAGUUUCUGAGAAGGAAGUGCAUGCCAGACUGCAUAUUUGCGCCAUAUUUCCCACCAGAAGAGCCUCAAAAAUUUGCCAACGUUCACAAGAUAUUCGGAGCAAGCAACGUUAGCAAGCUUCUGAACGAAGUUCUUCCUCAUCAAAGGGAAGAUGCGGUGAACUCUCUGGCUUAUGAAGCUGAGGCUCGGAUCAAAGAUCCUGUGUAUGGCUGUGUUGGAGCCAUCUCGGUGCUCCAAAGGCAAGUCAUUAGGCUCCAAAAGGAACUAGAUGCCACAAAUGCUGAAAUGAUUCGCUAUACUUGCACUGAGAUUCCCACUCAUCAUCUGGCUAAUGAACCACCCGGAGCUUCGUCCUCGUCCCUUCUUGGUCAGUCUCCUUCUGCUUUUUACUAUCCUUCUCCAUGGAAUAAUGAUCUUUGUGGGGAUGCCUAUCAUCACAUUCACAGAGGAGCAGAUAAUAGUGACAUGUGAAUUUAUCUACCAGUGUGUUUAACCUAUAUGCUGCAACAAGACCUUAUAUAUAUAUAUAUAUAUAUAUAUAAUAGUGUAUUUUUUAGAUGGAACGUGCCUGUAUAUACUGUGAACUCUGGAGGCGUCUCUCAAAGCUCGCUCUCUUAUAUAUAGCACUAUAUAUAUAUAUGGUCUUAGUUAUCGUAGUGUGAAUGAAGCUGAUGAAGUUCUCUUCACAAAA